AUGGAUACAAGAACCGGUAAGAACGUUGUCCACCUUGGAGUUGCACGUGAUGAGAUGAUUGAGCAUGACAUGAUUUGGGAUGUCUUCGUGGUCGACGUUCUCGACGUAGUCUGCGUGUCUAAGCUGGGCAAGAGUGGGGAUACCCUGAUCACUGGCGCGUUUUUUGAGUGUCUCUCUGAUGGAUUUGGACCGCACCUGACGACUAUACUUGUCCAUGAGUUGUGGGAAGGCGAAUCGUUGAGCAGGUUGGAGUUGAGAUAUGGCGGUAGCAGCGGAGGUUCUCUAAAGUUCAAAGUCUGGAGAAAGUCAAAGUGGUUCAUCUUUUCAAACUCGGCGUCUGAGAAGUCGUAUGGCGAACGGUACGGGUUGGCAGCAAGCGAUGUGUCGGAGACGUUUUCGGCAGUGGAUGAGGCACUGGAACUGUUUGCAAAUGGAACGUCGUUGUACUCGUCCUCAAUAUGGUUGUCGUUGACGUUUUCAGAGAAAAACAUGGACGACGCAUUGAGUUCGGACUCCCCUGAAGAGUGGGGCAAUCCUCCUUUCUGUCUUUUUGCCGAGUCGGAGCUGGACUCAUCGGAAGACAAAAUCGACUCUUCUGCGGACGACAAACCGACGGGAUCGUCCACCCGCUCGAUGAACGAAUACGAGUGCACCUUAUGGACUUUAUCUCCUUUGCGUGGCGUAGCACGUUCUGAAACUCCUCAGCCCUGCCCGUUCCAGCAGCUGCUGCUGCAACGCCGCGUUUGGCUCCAGUUCCAAUGUCUCGCACGUGACGGUUCUCAGGUCGAGGUGAGAAACGUCCUCAAGAGGCGCCUGCUCGUGCUCAGGCAGAAUCAUGUCCUGGUUGAAUUCGUCGCAGCUCAGGUACUCGAUCCCAGUCAAGUCCAGUGUGUCGUCCAGUCUCUGCACCUCGCGAACAAAUUUAGCAUACUGCCAUGGGGCCACAACAAAAAGUUUGUCGUGCUCAGACCGGACAGUGUUCCAUUUGUUCAGCAAGGAUAUAAUCCCGAUAUGGUGGUCUGCGUGCAGGUGCGACAAAAAGACGAUCUUGAGCUCUUUGAAAAGACGUUCGGUAUCUUCUGGACUGUACAGUUUCUCGAUGGUUCCCAGAGUGUUCUCUCCAGCGUCCAGUAUGAGGGUCCGGAACCCGGUCUCUGUUGGAAUCCGCACACACGUCGAGAUGACGUUUCUCAGUUUUGA